AGUAACCAAUUUGACAGCCGGGACAAAAUACGAUAUAAAAAUCUUUGCACACAGUUUUAACAAAUAUAGCGCUUCAAAAUUGGACACAUUUACAACGAAACCAAGUGAACCAAGUGAGCCACUUAACCUUACAGUUGAAGUUCUAGGUGAAAAGGAAGUAAAGUUAAAUUGGGAAACUCCUGAGCUCCCAAACGGGAUGAUCUCUGCCUACACGGUUUGCUAUGCUUACAAGCACUAUUGGGACCAGUCAUACUUCGAACUAAACUGCACUAACAAAACAAAGCAGGAAAUCAAAAUGAUUGGAAACCACGUUGAAACCAACUUGUCACUUCCGUUUGCAGGAGCAUUUUAUAACGUUUUUGUUGCUGCUGUUAACCAGAUGUUCACGGGAAGAUCUAGUUCUGCUCUCGCAAGAAGUAAUGAAUCAACACCCGAGAGUGUCACUGGACUGUACACACAGGCAACCAACACAACCAUUACCUUGAUGUGGUCACGUCCAGCUGUCCCGAAUGGAGAUAUCAUAGGGUACCAGCUACAUUGGGAUAAAGGGGGAGACAUGUGCUCAGUCGUCAUCAAUGUAGAUUCGGACGAGGUAAAAAAUGGUGACAACUGUGGUUGGGAUCUGCCUGAGCGAAUUGUUGUCAACCAAAAGGACAUGAACUAUACUAUAUCCGGGCUUGACCAUUAUAAAAACUAUAGCAUGUGGGUGACGCCGUUUACAGCUGUAGGAUCCGGGCCAAUCAGUAAUACCACGCAACAUACGACUGAAACAAGACCGGGUCCUGUGGGCAUUGUAACAAUACGCGAUAUUGGGCCCACCGCGAUUAACGUGACAUGGACGAUUCCUGAAAUUAACCCAGGUCCGACCAACUACACAGCGGUCGCUAACAGCACGAUACCAGGAGAGGAACAUAUUGCUCGGUGUGAAGUUGAAGAUUACACGAGCACUGGAUGUGAGAUAAAGAACCUCCGCGAAUUUUGGCAGUACCAGGUGAAUGUCAUUGCUGAAACCAAGGGAGGGAUCAGUGAACCAACACUCUCCGAGGCUUUCUAUACACAAGAAUCAAUCCCAGGAACACCGACGUCAUUACACGUUGACUUUUUUAAUGCUCCACCAUCCGCAUGCGACACCACAAAAAUGAGAGUUACCUGGACCGAACCCAACCUCCUGGACAGACAUGCCUAUAUCACACGUUAUAAUGUACAGCUUAAUGACGAGGUGUUCACGUAUGACGUUUAUGUCCCUAAACCAUUUGACCCAAACAACAGAGAGUUUUCAUUUGAACAGAAUGGUCUCAAGGCUACAUGGACAUAUCAGUGGCAGCUGUUUGCAGUUGGAAAAAACGGGGUUAAGGGAUUGCCUGCAAAUUUCACAUUUUCGACGGGAAUAUGCGCUCCCCCAAAAAUGGACUCCGAUCUUAAAAAAUUAGAGAUCACCUCGUCAUCGGUGAUUUUUAAUCUUGAUCAUUAUUUCUUCAAGAACGAAAAACAAGGGAAGAUAAUGGCAUAUGGCAUGGUAGGAGGAAACGGACGAGAUGUAGUCAGAAAAGUAAAUGGAAACACUGUUUUGAGUUUAGGAAGCUGGAGUAAGUUUACAUCGAAUAAUCAUCAGGGUGCUUAUAGAUUCACUUUCAACCUGACGCCUAAUGUGAACGGUAAACUUCGGCUAGAAGUUGGACAAAAUAGAACCUGCAGAAAAGAGGAUUUUGAAGAGUUCUGCAAUGGACCGCUUCCUAGUGGAUUAGAAUUAUGGGUUAAGGCUUAUGCCUGCACCGCGAUCAAUUUAUGCACUGUUUCUGACCACUAUGGACCUUUUACAAUCCAACAACUACAAAGCGCCUCGAAGGAUGGUGGUGUGGAUGGGGCCUUGAUUGCAUUGCCCAUUCUUAUUGCCAUCCUUAUCCUCAUCAGUAUGUUUCUGGUUCUUUGGUGGCGAGGAGCAAUUGACCCACUUAAGUGGAUGAUUGGAGGGGGCGAGGAAGAUGAACUAGUAACCCUUCAAGAGAUUGCAGAUCCCGACAGAUCCAUUCCAAUAGCAACAUACAGCGAGGCCCUUGCUGAUCUUCACAGGGACACACAUCUCAUCCUGUCAGUUCAGUACGAGGAGAUAAAGCGACGAGCGGGUCAAAUAGAAGUGAGGUCAGGCUUCGAGGCUGCCAACCUUGAACCAAACAAGCCCAAAAACAGAUGGGUCAACAUUCUACCCUUCGACCAUAGCCGGGUCAAUCUUCAACAGUUGGAUGACGAUGACCCAGAAUCAGACUAUAUUAAUGCUAACUAUAUGCCUGGCUUUCACCAUCAACGGGAGUUCAUAGCAACCCAAGGUCCGUUGCCCGGAACAAUCGACGACUUCUGGCGAAUGGUGUGGGAACAAAACGUCAUGGUGAUCGUCAUGUUAACACAAUGCAAGGAGGGAAAUAGAGUAAAAUGUGAGAUGUACUGGCCGGACACUGUCCAAGAGGCAAAGCAAUACGGAGAUGUUGUGGUCAACCCGACCUCGAUAACCAACAUGAACAAGUUCAAUAUCAACAUCUUCGACAUCUCUCACGCCAGCGAUCUAACGAAGACUAGAAAAGUUUUGCAAUUCCACUACCUGGACUUUAUGGAUUUCACUGCUGCCGUGGAAGUUGAUCAUUUCAUCGAAUUUGUACGCACGGUUCGAGGUCACGUGCCCCACGAUAUGACCAGUCCUAUGGUUAUCCAUUGCAGUGCUGACGUAGGCAGGACGGGCUCUUACAUCGCCAUAGAUCACUUGCAAGAGUAUCUGAACUCUCCCAAGUUCAGUUCCGAUGAUCACAUCAACAUUUUUGACAUGGUCAUGGAAAUGAGGGAACAGAGAGUCAACAUGGUCCAGACAGAAGCUCAGUACAUCCUGAUCCACGACUGUUUUGAGUGGAUGUUGGAGGACAAGAAGAAAUCUCUGAAAACCACAGAGUCAAUAGCGGAUCUAUACGCUAACCAGGCAUACGAUAAGAAAGCAGGAGCAAAUCCCUUUCCAGACGUCGAGUAUGAGAACGUGAAUUAUGAGAAUAAACAGAGAACAGAGCUCUGAGUGGCAUUUGUCGGAUAUUCUGAGUAAAAGCAACAAUACAAUAAACGAAGAACAGAGUUCUUUGUGUCAGUUGUCGGAAUUCCGGGCAGAAACAACAAUACAUAAACAAAGAACAGAGCUCUGAGUGGCAUUUGUCGGGAUUCUGAGUAGAAGCAAAAAUAUAAUAAACAAAGUACUGAGUUCUGAGUGGCAUUUGUCGGAAAAAAAGUGUUCAUAGAUGCAUAUGUUGUAAAUUUAUCAUAAUAAUAUUCCAAUACAAAACAAUACCAUAUAUAGUAUGUAGUGCAUUAACUCAUUUUGUCAUUAUUAAUCACCAAUUAUGAAUUCAGUGUUCUUGUGAAAAAGAUGUUUAUGGAUUUACGAACUCACACUUAUUUAAUCGUUUGUCGGUCAAUAGCCAAAAAAAAUUGCCCUAAAUAGGAGAAUGACCAGUAAACUAUUGGUCCGUAGCGGCUGGGCAUAGAGAGGCACUGGGGUCCUGAUUACUGACGACAAGCCUCUAAAUAAGUGUUUUAUUAGAUGAAAAAUUUAGUAUAUUUUUACAAUAAUUUAUAUAACACACAACAUGAACGUGCAUUAAAAGCAAUAAAAAGUGUACCGAACAGAGGAAAAAAAUAUAUUGUAAUAUUCACAACGCAUAAGUUUGAGAAAUAGUUCCAAUAUAAACAUGCUAAUUUAAAGGGACUGUACACCAGAUUUGCAACAAAGUUUUUUUCUGUAACGAAUCUCAGGACAAUUAUUUAAUAGAAUGUGUAACACUUUGAUAUCAUAAUUGUAAAAAAGUACCAAAUGUAAAAAGAAAUGUGUCGGAGACCGGAUUCAAACCUGUGUCACCAAAAUUACAGUCCAGUGUUAUAUCCACUGUGCUACGAAGGCUUUCUCCAUUCGAGUGGUAUAUUUAAGCUAUAUACCUAACUUGGUAAUAUCACGUGAUAACAUCGACUAGCCAAUCACGCAUAAGGAAUGAAUACUAUUAGGUAGACAUACCCAGUAAUCUUUUUAUUGGAAAAAUACGAAAUAACUGCUAAAAUUAAAUAAAUUGUAAACUAUGUGGUACUUCAGAUAGUAAGUUUAAUGAAUUGUUUACAUUAAUACCAAGUUUUUGUCAGUUUUCGACUCUUUUCUUUUUUUCUUGCAAAAUGAUCAUCUGGUGCACAGUUGCUUUAAUAAAAGGUGAUAAGUAUGGCUAAUUAUGUAAUUCAUGAUCUUGAUCUUUAUGUCAUUGAAAAUUAGAACAUAACUAAUUUAUUUAGAAAUGAAACUAAAAUCAUUAAACAAACCAAAAGAAACGUUUUUACUCUAAGAAAACCCAAACGAACUUGAGACUAUUUAUGAAAGGU